UGGUUUCGCGGCGGCGGCUGUAUACAGCCAAGUGCGAUUUAAACGAUCCGCCAUUCGCCGUGCCGUCGCGCUACAUCAGUAUCUAAUUGUUCUCCAGGCCACGCAGAGUGUUGCGCCGUGUCAAGUGUCCCCGAAUACCGCGCGGGUCGUUCCACACGUGCCAGCACGGCGGCCAACUCGAAAGAUCGGUUUGUGUGGUGUCUCCUCGGUGCUUUCCGUCGGUCGAUUUCACAAGAUAAACAAGCAACAACGUCUCUCUCACUCACGCCUAUCGCCACCUCACGAUAAGCAGGACCUCCUCGCCGCGCUCCUCCACCCCGUGGAAGAGCAGAGGAGCGGAUUUUCGGGAGGAACCUGACACACAGUGGACCGAGGGAAACGGCUUGGAGCGGAGUUGGCUCCCUCUCUCUCUUUCUGCUGAAAAGGCCGAAAGCAGGAAGGGCGACUCACCGGAGAUUCGUCGGAGUUUUGAAGGAAAACCGAAGUACCGUCGAGACUACGGGUUUGCGAAGCGCGUGGAUCGCCGCGGACCGACGGCAGCGGAUGAGCGAGCAAGGCGAAACAUACGGCUGAGCUGUACGUCGCGAGUGGCGCGAAUUUCAUGGGCCGGCCGCACGGCGCCUGCUGAGGAGACCGCAGGAGCGGUGAAGAAGACGAAGGCGGGCGCGCGCGCCGGUAACCCGACAAUACUGGCAUCUCGACAGUCUACCCGUGCAAACGACCCGGCGUCUCGAUGGUGGAGCGUGCUAAUGUUAUAUAAUAGCAUGCAGUUCGCAUAUCUCUACACGUGGAAUCGAGAGAUCAUCGUCAACUCGCAGAAGCUGGUGAAAAGACGUUGAGUCGCGUCUCUGUGUGUGCGUGCUCGCGGGGAAACGCGACGACACGUGGGAGGACGCGCGUUCUUCGUCAUCGUCGAGCCACCAACCACCGCCGCUACGGUGCAGAGAGAACGGUCGAAUCGUCCAGCUUACCUUCGGGACAUCAGCGCGCUUAAAUACGGCGCUCACCGACGCGCUCCCUCCCAUCUUCCCCCACGUAUCUUCUCCUCUAACGAGGAAAACGCGCGACCAUCACCAUGGCUGCUCUAUGUUACAGCGAAUCAUUCUCAAACUGGAUGGAACAGAGAACAUACAUACCCAUAUUCGAGGAACUGUCAAUUGCACCCGACGACGAGAACCCGAAUGACAUUGGCUACCAAACGAACAACAACAACAGUCCCUUGAAGCCGCCGCAGAACACCCAGACUCUCUUGGAGGAAUUCGAAACGGUUUUGGGAGAUGUCGAGGCCUGCCACCAGAUCAUCCCGCCGAACAACAGUUCUACGCUCACCCCCCCGCAAUCCCCGCCACCGUCGCAGCAGAGCGUGGACACGCAGCUGCUGAUCACCCUGCAGCCGGUACAGCAAUCGCUGUUCCCCGACAGUCAGCAGCAGACGGUAGUCCCGGUUGUCUACGAGCAGCAGCAGCAAACGUUGUUCGCGAACAGCGCGGCGGCGACAACCCGCCAGUGGGAUGGCGUCGAGGACAUACCGUUGAACUCGGUGAGCCUCGACAGGGACGCGGCGAACGAGCUGAUGGCGGUGGAGGAAUACGUUCGCUCGCACGCCAAUGAUAUACCCUCACCGUCGAGCCCGUGCACCAGUUCCGGCAGCAGUUGCAUCUCCACGGAGGACCUGAUCGAUGAUCCCGACUGGAACAUCGAGAACGAGAGUAGCAAGCCGUCGACCUCGAAGGGCCUCUCUAAAACCUACCGCCAGUCAUCCUACCGGCCGUCCGUCGAGGACAGGAAGGUGCGGAAGAAGGAGCAGAACAAGAACGCGGCGACGCGUUACCGGCAGAAAAAGAAACAGGAAAUCAAGGAUAUACUUGUUCAGGAGAUCCAGCUGACCGAGACCAACAAGAAGCUCAAGAAGGAAGUAGUCGAGCUGAAGCGCGAGGUCAAAGUCGUGAAGAAUAUGAUGAGGGAGAUGUUCAAGGCCAGAGGUGUCCUUCAAUAAUCCUCCCGUAUUCGACCGGGUCAGUCCGCUCCUUCCUUUGUCGUCGCACCGACGCGAUUCUUCCUUUCUUCGUUUCUUCUUUCUUUAGUUCUUUUUUUUUUUCGUAUUUUUAGACCUCCCCUUUUGUUGAACGUUUUAGUCUAGGAAGCAACUACUAAUUACGCACGGUAACCGUACUUUUACGAUUAUGUACCUUAUCGAUGUUUACUCGACUUUUUUUUAUCUUUUAACCAGCAUAAUAUAGGUGUACCAUCACUUGAUGUGCGCGAUAGGUCUCGUGCAUAUCAAAUUCGCGAACUUGGCGUAUCGAAAAAGUUUGCAUUGCAAACUUUUUAGCUAUUUUAUAUGUAUACAUACAUACACAUACAUACAUACAUACAUACAUAUAUAUAUAUAUAUAUACAUACAUACAUACAUACAUACAUAUAGAUAUAUAAUUAUAUAAAUAUAUUACCGCAGCUUAUUAGGAAGAACUAGGGGGCUUAUCGUGUGUAUUGUCAGAACGGCGUAUCGAUUUUCUAACACGCGGAGGCCCACCAAUCUUGGUAAAUGCACGGUGCGCUAGUAACACGUGAAAGUCGCCGAGCGAGCACGUUUUUAAUUAAAUCAAUGGGAAGAAUUUAAAUAGGAAAUUUUUUACAUGUACAGACCCGCGAAUAAGAAUACGCACAUUUUUCGUGCGAAUGGUCGACCCAAGUGCAUUCGGAGAGAUUUGGAUUGUAUGAUAAUUAUACACGUGUCAACUGUAAUGUAUAUAAUUAUGUAUAAUUCUGAACGUUUCAUUCGAUCGAAAUUUCAGACUCCGUGAGAAUCGCAUCGAAUAAGCGUGCCUCUCGAUAUGCAUUUUGGAAGCCGCUACCUGCAACGUUUCACGUGAUUAUCUACCGC